UGAGAGCAAAGCAGUCAUCACGCGCUGGGCUCCUGCUGCCCCUGCAUGUGUGUCCCUCAGUCGAGGAUGAGGGUGUCGGAGCCGAUCCUGGACAUGGACAUGGGCAAUUACAGUGAAGUUUUGGACCCCACUUACACGAGUUUGGAGUUUGAAACUAUGCAGAUUUUAUAUAAUUCAAAUGAUAAUUCUGCCCCCGAGACAACAAGUAUGAACACCGCGGACAGUGGUGUCAGCUGUCUGUGUGCAAUUUGUGGCGACCGAGCGACUGGGAAGCACUACGGGGCGUCGAGCUGCGACGGGUGCAAAGGCUUCUUCAGGCGCAGCAUACGUAAGAGUCACGUGUACUCCUGCAGAUUCAGUCGCCAAUGUGUUGUUGACAAGGACAAAAGGAAUCAAUGCAGAUACUGUCGAUUAAGAAAAUGUUUUAGAGCAGGAAUGAAAAAAGAAGCUGUUCAAAAUGAGCGUGAUAGAAUAAGCACCAGAAGAAGCACAUUUGAUGGCAGCAACAUUCCUUCCAUUAACACGCUGGCACAAGCUGAAAUUCGGUCUCGACAGAUCUCAGUCUCAAGUCCUGCGGCAAGCACUGACAUAAACAUUAAGAAAAUCGCAAGUAUUGGCGACGUCUGCGAAUCUAUGAAGCAGCAGCUCUUAGUCUUGGUGGAAUGGGCCAAAUAUAUUCCUCCCUUCUGUGACUUACCUCUGGAUGACCAGGUGGCCCUGUUAAGAGCUCACGCAGGGGAGCAUUUACUGCUUGGAGCUACAAAGAGAUCCAUGAUGUACAAAGAUAUUUUGCUUUUGGGAAACAACUAUGUUAUUCACCGUAAUAGCUGUGAAGUUGAAAUCAGCCGAGUGGCCAAUAGGGUUCUGGAUGAGCUGGUCAGACCAUUUCAAGAAAUCCAGAUUGAUGACAAUGAGUAUGCUUGUUUGAAGGCAAUUGUAUUUUUUGAUCCAGAUGCCAAAGGGCUGAGUGACCCGGUGAAGAUUAAGAACAUGCGGCUGCAGGUGCAGAUCGGCCUGGAGGACUACAUCAACGACCGGCAGUACGACUCGCGGGGGCGGUUCGGCGAGCUACUCCUGCUGCUGCCUACGCUGCAGAGCAUCACCUGGCAAAUGAUCGAGCAGAUACAGUUUGUGAAGCUGUUCGGCAUGGUCAAAAUUGACAACCUGCUUCAGGAGAUGCUGCUGGGCGGUGCCUCCAAUGACGGGAGUCAUCUCCACCAUCCAAUGUACCCGCAUUUAUCUCAGGAUCCACUAACUGGACAAACCAUACUUUUAGGUCCCAUGUCAACGCUGGUUCAUACAGACCAGAUCUCGACUCCUGAAACACCGCUUCCUUCCCCGCCACAAGGCUCUGGACAAGAACAAUACAAAAUUGCUGCAAACCAAGCUUCAGUCAUUGCGCACCAGGCCCUUAGCAAACAGAAGCAAGUGUGAGCCCGAGCUUGUUUCUGAACGGCACUGCCUAAAUGUGAAACACGGUGGAUCUUGAAAUGUCUCAGGAUAGUACUUCCGGCAAACUCCCAGCCAAGGUGCCCCCGUGGUGCUGUUGUAAGAUGGUGUCCUGUUUUCUUGUUUGUGCGUUUGUCUCUUUGUUUCUGUGGUGUAAAACUUUCACACGCAACCAAUGUAUAUUUGAGUCUGAAAUUGUUUAUACAGUGUAUUGUUUUUAGUUGCCCCUGCACUGAGCUCGAGCCUGUUGAAUCUUUUGUACUACUUUCAUAAUAUUAAUUUAAAUCUGUAAAUAAUUGCUGUAUUGUGAUGUGACGAGGAAUUGAAUGUUCCCUUUGCCUAAGAGUAGUAGAUCAGAAAUGCCAGUUUACCAUAAAAUGAACCAAGUUUUAUUUUUUCAUAAAUUACAGUCUUGAAGAUUGGAAAGGUAAAGCAGCGGCUAUAGAAUAGAACGCUUUUUCUUUUUCCUAAAAGAAGAAUCAUUUAUGGGUAUUCUGUGAAGCCAUUCUCAGAAUGACUGAAUAUUCUUUCAUGUCUAACUAUAUUUGAAGGUGUAUGCUAAAAUAAAACAUAUUUAUUUUACUGGCUAGGAUACAAACUAAACUGCAACCAAGAAAACCCUAAAACAUGGGUCAACCGAAAGAGAUGUUUAAUUCCCUGUCUUGAAACAAUCUGGAAAGUCAUCCACCAAGAAGAGAUUCACACACUCCCACAGUGAGCUCUCAGGGAGGCUGACGGGUAACCUUUUAGGGGGAAGCCUGUGCCAGGGGAAACUGUGCAGCCCUGGGACAGCCAGUACUGGGGGACAAAUUAGCCAUCGGACUCCUGUGUACUCAUUUAACCCUCACAGCAAUUCAGUGAGGGAGGAUUGCUGUUUCUCUUCAUACGUAAAAGAAACCUUCAAUCUGAGAGUUUAAAGAGCACAACAAAGUUUACAUGCGAAAGAGUAAGCCACAGGCAAUUCCAGCUCUGGCCGACUUUAAUGAGACUAUAUAUUUGGUGAGUGGAAAGAAACAUUCGCAUUUCUUGCUUACAGUGUGGAUUUUAAAUAUAUGCAACCUAGUAAUGAUUGAGUACUACCCAUCAUGUUAUUUGUAUUAUGAAUUACAUGUAAGUGGCGUAUUUGAAAUUGUCAUAGUGUAAGAAAACAUUUUUGUGUUUUUAAGAGUUUUCUCCCUAAAUUAUUUUAGAAAUAAAAAUGACACCAGAUAAAUUUAGAUGAAAAGAAAGACAAAUUCAGAAAUGCAACCACCUACAAAUAUGGUGAAUGUCUCAUUCUAGACUGAACACCAUUUAUGGCGGCUCUAACCUGCUUGGUACCUAAGGGUGGAGUUUAUUUUGAAACAGUUCAUCCUGGGCAGCAUCAUGGAAAAAGCCUCUCUCCUCCCCCCGUCUCCGCUUGCCGUAACAGGGAAAAUUGAAAAUUGCUGGAGUAUUAUCAAUGACAUUAAUAAAAGAAGAUAUUCCAAGCUGUAAUACGUAGAAAUAAAUGUAUUUUUCUCAGGGCUCUUUGAAAUCUCUAGGAUUACGAUUUCAUAAUUUCCACUUACCCUACAAAUACAAAUUUAUAUUAAUAUUAACUAAUUUAUUGGCUCUGAGUGGAAUAGUGAUUUAUGCAAGAACUAUGGGCAAUUGAAUAAAACAAGUAAUAUUGCUUUAAGAGUCAGUAUCCUUGUGGUGCUAUAAAAUAUAUCAUUGAGUAAGGGAGGGCAGAGGAAAGGAGAUAGAGAAGGGAGAGAGUGGAGUGGGGGAGAUCAGUGAGAGAAAGUUUCUUAACUGUUCUUUUUUUGAAAAUUUAUUCCAGUGUCUAUUACAUGAAUAGGAAUGUUUCUGAUUUUUAUAAAUUCAAGUAUCUUCUGUAGGUUCUGUUCACUUUUUGAGAUUGCUUUCUGAAAAGAUAUUUAAAAAUAUUUACUCCAUUCAGGCUGCUGUAACAGAAUACUAUUAACUGUGAAGUUUAUAAAUAAAAAGUGUAUUUCCCACAGUUCUCAGCAUCGGGAUGCUCAAGGUCAAGGCAUCGGCAGAUUCAGGCUUUGGUUCGUAGUGCUUUCUAGCAGUGCCCGCACCAGAGGAAGCAGCUGGCGGCUCUGUGGGACCUCGCUUAAGAGCGCUAAUCUCACGCACCGCUGUGUGACCCUCGCGACCUAAAUCUCUUCCCAGCCUCGUCAUCUCCCAGUGUCAUUACACUGGUUUCAACGUAUGAAUUUUGGAGAGCGUAGACCGUACCAAAUGCUGUUAAAGUGUGAAAACAAAAUUUCUUUGCCAUGAGCCUUAUAAUUUAUCCACAGAUAUUUACUAAACAAAUAUUUUAAUAGAAAUUAUUAUUAAAGAUUAUGUUUUAUAGCUACGGUCAGGGAAUUUGUACUAUAAUGUUUUUAUACACUGGACUGCCGACAAAGCUGGAUAAUGUGGAGCUGAUGUUUUUAGCAUAUUUUCAAAAUACUGAUAAGGAAAGUUGUUGCUUUUAUAUCAUACAUGAUUUGUUCAGGUAAUGGAAAUGAAUAAUUUAUUAUGAAUAGCUGCAUUUUAUAUAUAUAAAACUAUUUUUAUAAAUUUCAUUGUUGAUUUUUUACAAUGUUAAAUUAUAGUGAGAUUAAAAUAUUUCUAAACUGUGAUACCUUCCUGUUUCCCUGAGCUUUCUAAAUAAAAGCUUUAAAAAAUAA